CUUGGAUUGGAUCCGGCCCCAAAACACAUGCUCCAGGCCCAGAGUCACGGGUGGACGUCAGGCGGGUGGGUCGAUUUUGCACCCCUUUUGGGGAUCACUUCCCAAAUCUCUUUCUCUCUCUCUCCUCGUUCUCUCUUCUCAGUGGAAAAAGAAGUGAAAUAGAGAAAUGAAGUUUUGGGAUUGGUACCUGAAGAUAUCAGUCGUGUCGGCGCUGAUUGGAGGUUCAAUGGAGUUUUUCAUGGUCAAAACCGGCUUCUAUGAUAGAGUAACUGUUUUGGAAUCAGAAAAGAGAGCUUGGGAAAGUUCCCCUGAAGCUCAAGCUAUCAGAGAAGCUCUCAAUCCUUGGAGAAAUCGCGACACAGAAGCAACAAAAGAUACCUAGUUUUUCCAGAUUUUGGUGGUUGCUUUAUUAAACUUUUUUUUUCUUCUUCUUUCUUGAAAAGGACCUAUAUGGUACGUGAGGAUGUUGGAUUUUUUACACAAGAAGGCACAAAAACAAGACUCUAGUUCUGAAACAUUUAAAUGUUGUAGAAGAUGGACAACAUGUCUGAUUCAUGUUGUUAGGUUAUUAUUGAACAAUACGGAUGGUGUAUGUUUUUAUGGAGCCCUUGAUUUCAUUGAAUUACUAUAGUCAUUAAUAAUAAUUGAUCAUUAAAAUCCCUA